AUGGCACAAAGAUCUGUUCUAAUUCUCUUUCCUCUGUUGUUCUUCUCAUGUCAAAUUCUUUCAUCAUCGUCUUCUUCUUUGCGGGUUAUUAAUUCGCCAAGUACGGAAGCUCAGAGGCUUAUCCGCAGUUUUAACUUGUUUCCCAGUUCCCGCGUCAACUCCGGCGGCGGCCCCUCUUCCGGCCGAUUACCCGAUGCAGUACUGUCGUCCUCAUUGGUCGAAAAGCAAUUCAGACUCCCAGUCCGUGGUCCUUCGAUUCGGAAUUUGGGCCAUUAUGCCGGCUAUUAUCGACUUCCUCACUCUAGAGAUGCAAGGAUGUUUUACUUAUUCUUUGAGUCGAGAAAGAAUAAACGCAGUGACCCAGUUGUGAUAUGGUUGUCCGGAGGACCCGGAGCUAGCUGUUUAACAUCUAUGUUUUAUGUAAACGGUCCUUACCAUAUAACCAACAACAAUUCUCUUAUCUGGAAUAACUUUGGUUGGGACCAGGUCUCCAACUUGAUCUAUGUGGACCAGCCAAUCGGCACCGGUUUCAGCUAUAGUUCCCAUAGUUCUGAUUUUCGUAAUGAUCAAGAGGGUGUUAGCAAUGACUUAUAUGACUUCUUGCAGGCAUUCUUCGCUGAACAUCCUCAAUAUUUGAGGAACGAUUUAUACAUAACCGGAUCAUCAUAUGCCGGCCACUAUAUCCCGGUCUUAGCUUCUCGGAUUCACAAUGGAAACAGAAACGGAGAUGGAGCACCCAUUAACCUUAAGGGUUUUGCUAUUGGAAAUGGAUUGACAGACUUUGCAAUUCAAUACAAGUCAAUGCCAGAAUAUGUUAAAAGUGUGAAUCUGAUCACAGAAUCUCAAGCCAUGGAAGUCUCCAGAUUGAUACCAGCCUGCGAGAGAGACGCAUCUAAAUGCAAUGCAAGGCGAGGAGGAGGAGGAGAUAGCUGUAUAAAGGCGUAUUCUUCCUGUACUGACAUAUUCGAUGGUAUAAUGAGAUUAAUUGGUUAUAGGAAUUUUUACGACAUUCGAAAGAGAUGUGUGGGUCACCGUUGCUAUGAUUUCUCGUAUAUGGAAAACCUAAUAAAUGAGGGAUCGGUUAGAGAAGCCCUUGGAGUUGGGAAUAUUAGUUUUGUUUCUUUGAGCCGUAUUGUUUAUAAUGCGUUUCGUAAGGAUUUUUCGAGGAAUCAUGUAAUGAGAAUUCCUCCGCUCCUUGAAGAUGGAAUUAAAGUCUUGAUAUAUGCAGGAGAAUAUGAUCUCAUCUGCAAUUGGUUUGGGAACUAUUGGUGGGUUAGGGAAAUGAAAUGGUCAUGUAAGAGACAAUUCAAUGGUGCUUCCACAACUUCGUAUGUAGUUGACGGUGAUAUUAAGGGAGAACUUAUAAAAUAUGGACCUCUAUCAUUUCUUAAGGUUCUUGACGCUGGGCAUAUGGUUCCUAUGGAUCAACCGAAAGUGGCAUUGGAGAUGCUGGAUAGAUGGAUAAAAGGGACCCUUUGAAUGU